CACAAACCCGCCAGUUCCACUCAACCGGCUGAGAGGACAAAUCAACACCAUCACACGGAGACUCUCCCGUCAGGAACGCAGCUAUGGGGUCCGUACUCCUGCUCGCAGCAAUUUUGAUAUCUCAAAUCACCAAUGGUCCUGGUCUGGAAACCACCAAAUGUCUCCAGGUAACGAAAUGGUGCAUCGCCGACACAGGUGGCUGUAAGGAUGUAUGGAACUUAAUUGAAGAUGUCUGCAACCAGACAGGUGACGCUUGCACAGUAAAGGAUCACAGCAGUUGUAACAUAACCAUCCAGCACUUAGCCAACAGUUACCCGGCAUUUAGAGAGUGCAGCUGCCUUGAAGAUAAAUCAUGCGACUUUUUCAGACAACUUGGAAGACAGUGCAGCAGCCAAGAAGAGCGAUCCAGGGCACCUACCCUUAGCUCGGGAGUGCCACCAGAAUGGAAAAGACGCUUACGGAUAAUGAACACAAAUAAAAGCACAAGGAAGGGCAAUGAUUGCCCGUCAGCGAAACACAGCUGUCUGAGAUCCCCGAAUUGCAGUUCAGUUUAUGCAAGGUUUAAGAAGAUGUGCCGGCACAAAAAGGAUAAUUGCAGCAUCCCAGCCAUAGGGCAGAAGUGUCUAACCGCUUGGCAAGCAUUGCAGCGCACAAAGCUCGCCGGCUGCAGCUGUUCAAGGCAGGGGAGAUUAAAGUGCCUCAGAAUACGGACCAGCCUCGCCAGCAAUGCCUGUGUACAAAUUGCAAGUAGAAGGUUAAACACGAGCAGCGAUGAAGAAAACGAAGUGAAUAUUCCUGGUGCAUCUGAGUUCAUGAGAGGCAGGAAAUCAGCCGCAGAGUUCACCGCACUUGCCGCAUUCAAUAGUGAAAAGCAGAAUCAUUCCAUGUCUUGCUUGAAAGUGACCGAGCAAUGCAUCAAGGAUCAAGACGUGUGCAACAGGCAUUUAACUCCUCAGAAGAAGGCGUGUCCUCAAGCCCGCAAGCAAUGCAACCUUGAGGAUUGUCACAGAGCCAUUCGAUCCUUUUACACCAAGAUCUCGCCAGACCUCGCUCAGAUGUUAGUGUUCUGUGGGUGCAAUCCAUCCGAUGACCUUUGUCUGCAGGCAAAGGAAACCCUUCACAACAACACCUGUGCCAAUUACAUGGACACCGUACCUACGUGCCUACAUCUGAGGGAGAAGUGCCUCGCCGAGGAUGUUUGCAGAUCAAGAUAUGAAUUGUUUCAAGUAAAGUGUUGGGGCCAUUUGAUGGGAAUGUGCAGUCAAGAAUAUGAUCCGAGCUGCCUUUCAGGGCUCAGCUGGAAUGAAUGGACCUGCAAGGCUGAUGCAGAGUGCAUGGCGGCAUACAUCAGUACCCGAGGCACUCUUCUUCAGGUCCAAUGUACGUGCAAUGGCAUCACGAGAGAUGACCAACCGUUUUGUGAACUAUUCCAGCACAUGCUAAAUCAUCAAGUGUGUUUCACUCAGGUUUCAAGCCCAGCUGUUGAGGCAGAAGCAAGUCAAAUGGAAGAAGAACUCAGUGUAACAAGGACCCAGAUGAAACUAAGUGGUAUAACAAUAUGUGCGAUUACAUAUGUCUGCGUGGUCACUUUGGUCUUAGGGGUUGUCAUUACUGUCAUCUUAUGCAAGACAAGAAUAUCCAAGAUAUCUGAACAGACUGCAAAAAGUUCUACAUGUUAAACAAAGACCAAAAUACUCAAGUACUGGCAACAUUGGAGUGGAUGUUCUGGUUGAAAAAUAUAGUUCUCAUGCCGUUUUACGUGUGCCACAUCCUAUGCAUGUGUAAUUAUUUAUUGUGUGGUUAGGUUUUCGAAGUUCUCCUGCAUAACUUAUUUGAUAAACUGAAUUUAUAUUUGAUUUAAACCAUGGGUAGAAAGCAAAAAUUAGUCAUCUUCGACUUCCAGAAGCGAAUUUUGCUUGACAAGACAGGUUGGAGAAAUGAAGAUGCAAGAUAACUUUCACCCACAUUCUCACUGAGGAAAUUCCUACCAACAGCGUUAAUGUGUACAAGACAUUCAGUGGACGUAUUGCUUUUUUGUUGCUUUAGAAACACACUGUAUUCAACUAAAUAAUUUAUUGUUAAAUGCAAAAUAAUUGUAAUAAACACGAUUUUAAACAAUG